CAUCUCCGAAUCAUGACUGUAUCCUUUAUAAUCAUAGGAUCCCUACAGUAGUGAAAUUUCGGACCGUCGACUGCACCGACCUCCGAAGAGCAUCCCAAUCCCAUUUAAAAUGGCUAACCCUGUCCCUGGACAUUACGUUGCACGGCCAAUCGGCCCUAACCUGCACAGCUUUGGACUGAGGGAGGAAACCUCCGCGGACAUGGUGAGAACUUGCGAACUCCACAAUCAGCCCAGGCUGAGAACUGAACCCAGGCCCGCGGCGCUCUGAGGUAGCAAUGCUAACCAUACAGCCCACAGGACCGCCCGUUAAAGAAAAAUAUUAAAACAAGAGAAGUGCAGAUCUGAAACCGAUAAAAUCAGAAAGUACUGGAGAAACUCAGCAGAUCCACAAAAAAUGCGAGGAGAGAGCUAACAUUGAGUCUGCUCCAGGACUGUACCCAUUGGCUAAUACACCCACAGCCUAUUGGUCAGAAAUCGAACGCCCCUUUCCCAUUGGCUACUAGGAACAAAGGACGCUAUUUUCCAUUGGUCAGAAACGAGAGCUCCUCUCUAUUGGGCCAAACUCCAACCCGGUCUGCGUUCAUUGGUUAAUACGGUGAUGGGCGGGACAGACCAAUCAAGAUGUAGAUGAUGGGCCGCGAUUGGACAGCUGGGUUGCCGAUCACAGUUCGGGUACCGCCCCGCGGCUGUUAUUUAUUUAUUGAAUUAAUUAUUAAUGUUUUGUGUUGGAUUCCCCUCGGCGUCUCGGUCAUCGCCGUGAAUGGAAGCUCGCUAUUGAUUAGCCCGCCAUGUUGCGGGGUAGCUGUCAGGUCGGUGUUUGGUGUCAGGUUUCCCCGCCUUCAGUUGGACAGCUGCCCGGCUUUGGGGCUGGUUCGUGGGAGGGGGCUGGGCCCUGGCCUCGGCCUCGGCCGCCGCUGGAUGUGUCACCGAGCACCAAGUGGUCGGUCCGGGUGGGUUUGUUAAUUUGCCCCACCCCCUCACCCCCUGCGUGCCUUCAGUCAGCAGCUCGGGAUGAAGUUGCUCUUUCUCGCCCCCCUCAGUCUCCCGACUGGGAACAGGACGACAGCUCAAAGAAUAAGCAAAUAUAUACAAAGUAGUGGCCACGAAUGUAUUCUGAACGAUAUUGCCGAAUUUAAAUCAUCUUCACAAGUUUCCGACUUAAUCAAUGAACAGAAAUUUGAAGCAGUAAUGACAAUCCAUCUCUACAAAGGAGGAAGAUUACUGUUAGACAGUAAUGUUCCAUAUGGAGUUAUAUUUGGUGGAACAGACAUCAAUGAAGAUCUCCAAGAUGAAAAGAAGUGUGAAGUCAUGGAGACUGUACUGCAGAAAUCUAGGUUUCUGGUGGCUUUCACAGACCAAUUGAAGAAAACAGCAGAGGUGCAUUGGCCAUUCGCUAGCAGUAAGAUUCGUGUGCAACCUCAAGCCGUUGUAACCAAGCCUUGCACAAACUUUAAUUGGAAUGAAUUUCUCCAAGAUUCAGGGAUUCAUUGUAAGAAUAUUGAUACAUACAUAUUUCUUUUGGUGUGUGGACUUCGGCGAGUCAAAGAUCCCCUCUUUUUGGUGGAUGCUUUUUCAGUUUGGCAUAAGAAAGAUCCAAGGGUUUAUUUAAUUAUUAUUGGACCAGAGGUUGAUGCAGCAUUCACACAGCAGGUGAAAGCCAAGGUCAAAAGUGCUUCUGGGGUCUAUCUAGUUUCAGAGAAACCUCAGGAAGAACUGCAAGCUGCUAUGAGGGAUUCUUUUGCUGUUGUAAAUAGCUCUAUCUCUGAAGGAAUGUCUUCUACUAUUCUCGAGGCGAUGGACCUUAAUGUUCCAGUGCUAGCAAGAAAUAUAUCUGGAAACAGAGCCAUAGUAAAACACGAACACACAGGACUUCUCUUCUUCGAUCCACCAGAAUUCAUUGAAUUAUCAAAAAGAUUGAUCAUUGAUACUUCUUUGAAGGAAAAUAUUGUGGCUAAAGCCAAAGAAUAUGUAGAGAAAUUCCAUUCCUGGGAUACAGAAAAGGAGACUUAUCAGAAGCUCAUUGAAAACCUGCUUUAAAUAGCCAGCAGUCAAGUUUGGAACUUGGGUAUAAUUGAUUAGAACAUAGAUUUUUAAAAUAAAAUUGUGUUUUUAAGUUAAGGUUAUGGGGAUUGAGAGUGGCUUUUAAAAGGGAAUAUAAAACCAUUUGCUGUGUGUUAACCAUCAGACAGGUCAUAUUUUGAUUAAGCUUUAACUUGUGUGACCUGCUGGUGUUAAAUUGUCUGCCAGUGCCUUCUUUUCUUGUUUCUGUAAUUCCUGACUUUAAAUGAAUUCAUGUCAAUGGAAUAUUUUUUGUAUGAAGAACACGUCAAGAAAGGCUCAACUUGCUGGUGCUUUCUUUAACAGUAUUUUAUUUUCCAGUUGUCUGCACAGUUCUGUGAUUUCCUCAACUAACAAUUGCAAGCAUUUUUGGACUUUUAAAGUCCACUAUCAGUCGUAUUACUCUCUAGCUGGACAAUUAAUUCCUAUUUGCACAGUUUAAUGAGAGGGAGGAAGAAAGAAAAACCAUUGUUUUUAAAUUCAGUUAUUAAACAUUUCUAUGUAGCCUUAAUGAAGGCAAUCCUACUAUGAGAGGACAGCGUGAAAUUCUGCAUCACUGCUGAUCAAAUCAAAACAAUUAAAACAAUUAGAUUAAAACAAGAUGUUAAUUUAGUGAGCUACUGAAUGGCAUAUCACUACUAAUUAUAAUGUUGGAUUAUUUCGCAGUAGUCUUCUAAUAAUGAAGUUUAUCCCUUAAACCCUUUAUUUUCUGACAGUAAAUCUCGUUCUUGUUUGUGUUAAUGAAUUUAGAUUUAGUACCAUUAUCAAAACUACCUUAACAUUUGGAAAUAGCAAAAAGACUAAAUGCAAACAGGAAACACUGUAAACCAACUGGUCAGAUAGAAUUUUUAAAGAGAAACAGCUAGGCUUGAAGAGCAGUUUUACCCAUAAUAAUGACAUUUUAUCCACUUAACAAUGGCUGACUGAAUUAGAGAUUGAAUAUUUGGUCCAGUAUUUGCAACUGUUUGGUGACCAAAGUGUCCACUUGAGGGCUUUUAUUGACAUCUAUGAAUUUUCCCUUACUCAUCCUUCCUUAACAGUUUAUGUUUAUUCUGACAACUGCACAAAUACAAUUCCUUUAUAUUCAAUAUUAUGUUGUUAUUGUGAAUGUUACUUGGAGUGAGUCAUUCAGCCAUGACAUCUGACUUCCCACAGUUUCAGCAUUGCUAUAGUAAAGAAAAUCGUCAAAGUUGUUUUUGAGCAUGCCUGAUCUCUUUAAAAAUGAGAGUAAACUCUCAAAAAAUUAUUUAAUCACAACUUUACCAAAUGAAGUUUAGCUCCUUUUACUAGUUUCAUUCAUUCAGUUGUAGAUUUGCAAUAGAUGUACUUCCUAACCAUCUGGUAUUUCAAUGCUCAGAAGUUAACAUAUUGCAUUGAAAAGAAACCUUUUCAGCUUCAGCCCAGUUCUCGCAGCAAAAUUACAGUUGCUCUGGCACGGAUCUACAAAGUUAAACUUGAGAUAAUGGAGGUAGAUGUUGGUAUUGGAGUACAUGGAGUCAUAGAGAUGUACAGCACGGAAGUAGACCCUUCGGUCUAACCCGUCCAUGCCGACCAGAUAUCCCAAC